AUGUGCGAGUUUGCCCAACAUGAACUGCACUUCUUGGGACAUGUCAUCAGCCAGGGGAAUCUACGGAUGGACGAGGCAAAAGUUCAGGCCAUUAAAGAGUGGGAGGCGCCCACAAAGGUAACCAAACUUAGAUCUUUUCUUGGACUUGCUAACUAUUACCGCAGGUUCAUAAGCACCUACUCCGCCAAAUCCGAUCCACUUACGGAGCUAUUGAAGAAGAAUAAGCCGUGGGUUUGGAGCGAGGACUGUAAGAAGGCCUUUAAAGAACUCAAGGCUGCCGUAAUAGAGGAACCGAUCCUAGCGUUGCCUGACUUCUCCAAGACAUUCGAAGUGCAUACAGAUGCCUCCGACUAUGCCAUUGGGGGAGCUAGGUGGCAAGACUUCUUGGCCGAGUUUGACUAUGAGCUGGACUACAAGCCAGGAAAAGGCAAUGUUGUGGCCGAUGCCUUAAGCAAGAAGUUCGAGUUGGCUGCCAUCACCACCACAUAUUGUGACAUCCAAGAUGCAAUCAAGGAUGGUCUACAGCAUGAUCCAGAGGCAAAGAGGCUUAUGGAUUUAGCCGUUCAAGGAAAGACAAAGCGCUUCUGGGUAGAAGACGGACUCUUGCUUACCGCCGGGUGA